UUUUUUUUUUUGCUAUUUGGAAUGAUGAAUAAGAAGUAAAAUCCACUUUAUAAAGGACGCGAAAAACCCCGUUUCAUAAAAAAAAGAAAAAAAUUUUGAUUUUUUUUUUCAUUCUUUCCUUGUAUAAAUAAAUCAAAAUGGCUGCUGCGCCAGUAAAAAAACCCAAUGAUUCUUCGCUUCCCAGUAGCUUUAACGAUGAUAUACAAAAGCAAAAAUACAUUAAUAAAAAACAAUCCCAUGCAGGUAAUGAGGCUUGGUGGAUAAAUGGAGCUUUCGUUAUCAUCGUACAUAUAGUUUCACUUCUUUCAUUUUUAACAUAUACUGCGGAUAGAAAAACAUGGGUUAUGACCUUUGUGAUAUGUCAAUUGGCAAUGUUUGGAAUUACUGUUGGAUAUCAUCGAUUAUGGAGUCACCGAGCAUACGAAGCCGAGCUUCCCUUGCGCGUUGUUUUAGGUUUAUUAGGUACACUUGGAUUCCAAGGAUCCAUCAAGUGGUGGGUUCUUCGCCACAGAUUACAUCAUAGAUGGACGGAUACGGAACACGAUCCCUAUUCGGCAGCAAAAGGAUUUUGGUUUUCCCACAUGGGCUGGAUUUUCAAAAGACCACAUUACCCACGCUUGAAAUUAGUUGACGCUUCUGAUCUUAAUGCAGAUCCAGUAGUAAGAUUCCAGCAUAAAUAUUAUGUACUUUUAGCGUUAAGCUGUGGAUUAGGAAUUCCUACUAUGAUCGCCUCGUUAUGGGGAGAUGCCCUCGGUGGAUUCUUAUACGGUGGUAUCCUAAGUCGUACUAUUAUUUGGCACUCUACUUUUUGCAUUAAUAGUUUUGCACAUUGGGCUGGCGAACAACUUUAUUCUAAUGAAGUUUCUGCACGUGGAAACUUAUUACUUGCCAUGAUGACUCACGGUGAAGGGUAUCACAACUUUCAUCAUGAAUUCCCUAAAGAUUUCCGAAAUGGGUACCGUUUAUGUGAUUGGGAUCCCUCAAAAUGGAUUAUAUUUACUCUACAUAAAUUAACAAAUCAAGUUCCAAAUGUAUCUCGUGUUCCUGAAAAUGAAGUUCGUAAAGCAAUGGUAAAUAUGGAAAUUAUUAAAGCCCAAGAAAAAUCUAAAAAAUACGAUUGGGGAAUUGAUCCAUCCUCAUUGCCCGUCAUCACUUACGAGCAGUAUAAACAAAAACAAGAACAAGAAGGAAAAGAAUGGAUAUUAGUUGAUGAAUAUGUGUUGGAUGUUUCGUCAUUUAAGGACGAUCAUCCUGGUGGUGCAAAAAUUUUGAAGAAUUAUUAUGGUAAAGACUCCACUAAAGCAUUUCAUGGUGGUUUGAAUGAUCAUUCUAAAGCCGCCAAUACCAUGACGGCUAUGUUUAGAGUUGCCAAAAUCGAAAAGAGUCAGAAGGAAGAAUAGGACAAUAUUACCAAUUAUAUUUUUUAAACAUAUAAUAUCUUGUAACUUUAUUUUAAACUAAUAGUGUGAUAUCAUUUAAUCUAAUAAACCAAAUAAACCAAAUAUUUUUAAUAUUUCUAUAC